AAACAACAAGGGGAGGGUUGUUGUUUGUUCAUACUUCAUAAGCACCACCAAAACAGUAGAGAAAGUGUGUACACACACACUUGAUCAUUCCAAAGCAAAAGCAAAAGAACAAGAUAAAUAAAACAAGAUAAAAGAGAGCAGCUCAAGAUAAAAAACACACCAGGUUUCUGCUCUAAGAAAUACUACAUAAAAAUGAUGCAAACACAACAGCAAGCUCCAGGUCCAGUUUCUCAGAGUUUCAGCUUCAAUGGAAAUCUCACCAAGGAGGAAGAAGAAGAGCUGUCAAAGUCUGCGCUUUCAACGUUUAAGGCCAGGGAAGCAGAGAUUGAAAAGAAGAAAGUUGAGGUUAGGGAAAGAGUUCAGGCUCACCUGGGUCGCAUACAGGAAGAAACGAAACGUCUGGCUGAUAUUCGUAAGGAACUCGAAGGAUUAGCAGAUCCGUUGAAGAAGGAAGUUAGUGUUGUCCGCAAGAAGAUUGACUCAGUCAAUAAACAGUUGAAACCGUUGGGACACACCUGCCAGAAGAAGGAAAAAGAGUAUAGAAAUGCUCUUGAAGCUUUUAAUGACAAGAACAAGGAGAAAGUACAGUUAAUUACUAGAUUGAUGGAGCUGGUAAGCGAAAGCGAGAAAUUGAGGAUGAAGAAGCUGGAGGAGUUGUGCAAGAACAUAGAACUGAAUUGAGGUGCUGAAUUAACUGUAAAUUUGAUCACUUGAUUAGGGAGGUGUGAUUGUAUUUAGUACUAGUGUAUGGGUGAUUUGGGUUUGGUUGUAUUCUAUUGCUGUACCUUUGUUACCAGUAAACAGGUCAUGACUUCGGAUUCUUUAUUGGGUAACUUUUUUAAUUACGCCAGAACUUGUUAAAACUGACAGUGUAUACUGUAUACAGCAGGAAUGCUUUUAUUUGUUAAAAUUAUGAUUUAUUUUA